AUGUUAGCCGUAUCUAUGAGUGAAGAAGAAGUACAAAAUAAACUUCUCAAGGGUAUUGAAAACCUUAUUUGUAUUGCCGUUGUUAACAGUCCUCGCUCUGUCACGUUAAGUGGUGAUGAAAAGAUUAUCGAUGAAUUACAACAAACACUCUCAACAUUCUAUCCAAAUGUUUUCAAAGCUCGUCUUCGUAUCGAAAAUGCAUUUCAUUCGUAUCAGAUGGAUCGAUUCGACAUAGAAAAAGAGAUGUUAUCAUCACUUAAAGAUAUUCAAGGACUUCCUCUGAAAGACUCUCAACAAAUGUUCAAUCCAAAAUGUGCUAAAGCUAAUCUUUAUUCAAGUGUAACUGGUAGUAAAUUAAGUGAUCAGGUACCAGUCAAUGCUCAUUAUUGGUGGUCAAAUGUGAGACAAUGUGUUCGAUUUCAUGAUGCUAUGGUAUCAAUUCAACAACAUGACACUCCAACUGUUUUUCUUGAACUUUCACCACAUCCAGUUUUGGCUACAUCUAUUGGAGAAUGUUAUCAAUCGACAAGCAGUCAACCACUGAUUCUUCCAACAUUGAAGCGAAAAGAAAAUGAACAAAUAACAUUACUUACUACUCUCGCACAAUUGACGACAUCGUCCCAUGUUUGGCAACAAUAUUUUCAAACUCGAAAUAUAUCAUCGAUGAUUGACAAUGAACAACUAUUUGAUGAUUUUCCAUUGUAUACAUUUGAUCUUAGUUCAUGUUGGUAUGAAUCAAAAGAUUCAGUUAUGACACGUUUGGCUAAUCGAAUUCCUAUUCAUCCAUUAUUGGGUGUCCGUCAAUUAACAGGACAAACAAGUGCUACGUGGAAGAGUCUUCUUAAUGUUAACCUACCACAAUAUGCUUAUCUGAAAGAUCACAAAAUUCAAGAUGCAAUUAUGUUUCCUGCUGCUGCUUAUCUUGAACUAGUAACAGCUGCAUAUCAUCAAUUAUUUCUAUCAUCAGAUAACAAACAAUCUUCACUUGUUUUGAAAGAAAUCAAAUUUGUCAAAGCUCUUACUCUUAAUGAACAUGAGUUAACAGAAGUGUUCACACAAAUUAUCAUCCCAGUUCGCGAAUGGUUUGUGUACAGUCGACCAUGGACGUCAGCUGGUUCAGGUUGUAUGCGUUCAUCAGGCAUGGCAAGUGUUGAUGUUGUCGAUUCUUUUACCGAUCCUCAAACUCUCAAUCAAUAUUCAUUACGUGAAUUCACUCUACAUGCUCAUGGUCAUAUUGAAAUGGACAGCGUUCAACAAAAACUAACAACAUUACUUUCUACCAAUCCAACUUACAAUACCUGGUCAACGACUGAUACAACCAGUAUUUAUACUCAUUUAUCAUCACGAGGUUAUCAAUAUGGACCUUCUUUUCAAAACAUACAAUCAUUAUGCGGUACGACAUCUACAAUUAUUACUCAAAUUCAGAGUAAUCUUGAUGCAAUUAUUGAUCACUCUUGUUAUCAUUUACUACAUCCAACUGUAUUGGAUACUUUUGUGCAGUCACCUCUAGUUUUGUUAUCUGGUGCUGAUACUACAUUUAUUCCAGUUAGUAUCCACAAAUUUAUUGCUACGAGUAAAGUGAAUACAUACCACUCAAAUGUUGAGCUGCAUGGAAAAUAUAAUGAUACCGUUUGCGGCCUAGGUCAAGAACGAACAUGUACUGCUGACGUAUUGGUUUUACCAGGUGGCAGCACGACAAUCAAUGAACCGAUGUUCAUUUUUGAAGGUCUUACAUAUCAAGAAGUUCAAGGUGUACAAUCUGGUCGAUGGGCAGUAGAGAAAUCUAUUUUUGAUAAAUUAAAUGCAGGCGUUGACUUACCUAAUGAAGAUCGUUGUGAAAAAUUAGAUACAAUUAUAAAAGACUAUUGUAUGGAAAGAAUAUGGAUAGAUUCACCAAUAAUAAAAAGUGUAGCUGACUUACUGCCAUCACUCGAUCAGAUUCGUAAUGGUGGAAUUGAUGUUGUUAGUAAUCAAGAUUUAAUUGACUCAAUUGAACCAUUCAACGAAUUAGCCGCAUGUUACGCUCAAUUAUCAAUAAAAGAUCUUGAUAUGAAUCUCGUCGAUAACCAGUAUCAUCCUUUAUUAAAUGCAUGUAACUCUCUUGUCGCUACUUUACAUGAACAAAUAACAUCACAUUCUACACAACGUCGUCUUAGACAGUUAUUCGAUCGUUUUCCUCGUCUCAAAUCACUAUUAACCUUAUUAGAUACAUAUGGCUCGCGUCUGAAAGACGUUUUUACUGGACAACAGAAUGGUUUAGAUGUAUUCUUAGGAAACAACGAAACUGAACGAGCAUUACAAGAUAUAAAAACUAUUAUGAGUGCACUUAAAACAGAGCAAAUAUUUCAUGCAAUUUGUCAACAUCUUCACAUCUCAAACGAUCAGAAUAGCCAUGGAUCGCUUAGCGAUCGACGAUUACGUAUACUUUGGUUUGCCAGUGGUGAACAAAUGGACGUUCUACCUGUUCUUCAUCUUUUACUUAAUUUAUCACGUCAAACAAGUUUAUGGAUUGAUUUACAUUAUACAGAUAUGGAUCCAGUACAACUCGCACAAGCUGAGCAACUAUUUGAGACACAUUUGGCUGAUCAAACUCAUUUAAAUAUAAUAUACGAUCAAGCAACGGACUUGUUUAACAAUGAAAUUCUUGAAAAAAUUCCAGUCGAAUCGUUUGAUAUUGUGUUUGCUGCAAAUAAAUUACAGGAAAGUGAAGAUUUGACGACAUCGUUAAUUAAUCUUCGUCAUCUACUUGUUCCGAAUGGUCUUCUUUUAUUACUUGAGUUAACUGAUGUUCCUCUCUAUUUUGAUCUUAUCUUUGGUUUACUCGAGCAUUGGUGGUUACCAUCGAGUAAUGAACGUGCACUUCAUAAUAUUCAUCAAUGGACUACAGCUUUAAAAGAAAUUGGUGGAUUUGAAGAUGUCGAUACGGUGAUGAGUCACUAUGAAAGUACACUAAUUAUUGCUCACAAGACAAUAUCUCAUAAGAUAUUACAAACACUUGAUGAAAGACAACAACAAGCAUGGUUAAUCUUUGCCAAAAAUGAUCCUGAAAGUCUUGGUCAUAACAUCAUACCACUUUUGCCAUGCUCAAACAAUCGAUUUUUGGAUAUAUCUGCAUCAACGAUUGACACAAUUCGUUUUGUACUUAAAACAAUGAUGAAUAACUAUAAACAACUAUACAUUGUUUUUGCUUGGCCAUUCGAGCAAACUUGUCUCAAUGACAACAACGAGUUGCCAUUUAAAGAACACGAAGAGUCUAUUUGUGGCGCAUUUAUCCAACUUCUUCAAAUAAUUUAUGCAAUAGCACCUAAUUUUCUUCCAUUUAUAUUUGUUAUCACAAGACAUGCGCAGCUCAAUACUGGUUCCGACUGCAAUAUAAUUCAAUCACCACUUAUUGGUCUUGUACGAAGUUUGAUGGUUGAAUAUGAACAACAUCGAUUGAAGCUCAUUGAUCUACAAGCACCACCAACAAUGAUUAAUGAAUCAGCACUUGUUUAUGCUCUGGUACAAUAUAUGAUAACUUCUCGAUAUACAAAGAAUAUUAAUGAAAUUGUUCUUCGUUUUGACACAAAUGAAAAGAAAGUCAAACAUAUCACAUGGAAUUAUGAAAUGUUGCAAACACAUGAUGAAAAAGAAGAUCAAUCAAAACUAAAACAAAUUUGUAUUAUCCCUCAACAAGAUGCUAAUCAACAACCAUUCCGUCUUCGCGUGCCUCCAUCUCGUUUUGUCACUGAAUUAACAUGGAUUCCCGACAAGAGAGCACAAGAAUUACUGCCAGGUAUGGUAGAAGUUCAAAUUCAUUGUGUAGGCAUUAACUUUCGCGACGUAUUGAAAGCACGAGGUCUGUAUCCACAUACUCGUAAAUUUGCACAAUUGGAUGAAGAUCAGCCACAUAUGAAUCGAGAUACUGAACCAGGUUCAGAUUUUGUUGGGACUAUCAUACGUGCGUGUCCUAAUGUCACUUUUCAACCGGGUGAUCGUGUCGUAGGUAUCUCUUUACGUGGUGUAUUCCAUUCACAUGUUAUUGUCGACUCAACACAAGUAGUGCGUAUUCCGUCCGAAUGUUCUCUCACUGAUGAACAAUUAUCAGUUAUGCCCGUUAUAUGUCUGACAGUCAUCUAUUCUCUUAAAUAUCGCGUUCAUUUGCGACCUGGUCAAACUGUUCUUAUUCAUGCUGCAACGGGUGGUGCUGGUCAAAUUUGUAUACAAUAUUGUCAAUGGAUUGGUGCUCGUGUUUUAGCUACAGCUGGAACUGAAGAAAAGCGACAGUUUUUACGUGAAUAUUGUGGUGUCGAAUAUGUAUUCAAUAGUCGAGAUGCUUCUUUUGUUAGUGGUGUAAGAAGUAUUCUACCUCAUGGUGUUGAUGUUGUCAUUAAUUCUUUAUCAGGUAUUCUUCUACAAGAAUCCAUUAAACUACUUGCUGAUCAUGGUCAUUUUGUUGAAUGGGGAAAACGAGAUGUUUUUGACAAGUCUCCAUUGUCUAUGUUUGACUUUCGAUCGGAUUGUAGUUUUCAUGUCAUUGAUUUAGUUUCACUUUCUAACAAACAUCCAAACAUUUGCACUGCUAUGCUACAAGAAAUGAUUGAAUUACUUAUUCAAGGCAAAUUAAAAGCAAUCGAACCCACAGUUGUGUAUGAACCAUCUCAAGUGAUUGAUGCAUUUAUGAGAAGCAAUAGUGGUCAAGCCAUGGGCAAAGCUGUAGUUCGUCUAACCAAUUCUAAUGAAUCACUCUGUUUAAACAGCGUACAUUAUAAUGAUAUUAUGUUUCCAUCGAAUGUCUGCCAACAAGGAACAAUUUUGAUUUCUGGUGGAUUUGGUGGCCUUGGAUUGACAAUGUCUCGGUGGAUGAUAGAGAAACGAGGUGUAAAACGUAUUAUUCUUAUGAGUCGUCGGACAUUAGCUGAACUUGAACAAUCUUCUAAUCCACAGUAUGAGGAUUGGCUACGUUUGAAACAAACAAUAAAUGAAUAUCACGCUCAUGCUGAUGUUGUACAAGCAGAUGUAACAAAUUUUGAUCAAGUGCAUGAUCUGAUCAAAAAAUUAAGUCACACCUCUUAUCCUGUUCGAGGAAUUAUUCACAGUGCUGUCGUUGCAGAAGACCGAACUUUGGCUAAAAUGACACAAGAAUAUUUGACACAUGUUUUAGCAGCAAAAGUUCGUGGUGCUUGGAUUCUUCAUCAAGUUACACAGCUCACCCAUGCUCCUCUUCAUUUUUUUCUCAUGUUCUCAUCAAUUCGAAAUCAUCUACUUGAAGUGGCAUCGUCCGGUUACAAUGCUGGUAAUCAAUUUCUCGAUGCUCUUGCUCACCAUCGCAUGACUCAACUAAAUUUACCUGCUCUCUCAGUUAGCUUGCCUGCUGUAAGUGGUGCAGGCAUGUUUCAUCGACAACGAGAUAUGCUUAGCACUCUACAGAGUACACAUGGUUUUGAAGUAUUGCCACCAAUAGCUGUAUUCGAGUUGAUCGAACGCUUCCAUGCAAAUCAGAGGACUUGUCCAUGCCCUGUUAUUUUUGCUGUUAACUGGCAAACAUUAUAUGAAAGACGUCACAAACUACCAUUAUUUCAAUUGAAUAAAAUAGUAGAAGCACGCUAUACUAUUAUGAAACUCACAAAUAUGUCAACAACAUCAACAGGACUCAAUAGUACAACUAGUUCGAAUUUGAAUCGAAAAGAAACUAUUAUUGAACGAAUUCAAACGGCUGUAGCACGUCUUUUAGGUGCAGCCGAUAUUGAUCGUAUUCUAGUUGAUCGUUCAUUGGUUAGCCAAGGUAUGGAUUCAUUAGCAGCUCUUUCACUCUAUAAUUGGUUAGGACAAGAGACCAGUGUUUAUAUACCAUUAGUCGAUCUACUUCAAGGAUAUUCUAUUGAAACUAUUGCAACAGUAGUCCAUAAUAAACUUAACGAACGACAUCAAAUUGUAUCAUCGACUACUAAAGAAGAAAACAUGGAUACUGGUCUAAUCGAAGAAAAUGAAAUAAAACUAUCUCAUAACUCGAAUUACACUGGUAUAGAGAAUAUCAUCUGCCUUCAAGAUCCACAGCAGUGCAAUAGGUGUGUUUUCUUCUGUAUUACAACACAGUCGCCAACCAAUACUGAUAGCCUGAAUAAACUAUUCAUUGAUAAAAUAUCUGAGCAACAAAAUCAAACAAAAUCAGUUGUUGUUUAUGCUAUAAAAAUACCAUCAACAGCAUCGACAUCUACUCAUGCUCGUGAUAUGAUUUUACAAAUGCGUCGUAUUCAACCACGUGGACCUUAUCAAUUAGUGGCUGCCCGCAACAAACAGGAAGAAAUCAUUGCACAUGAAAUGAUAAGACAACUCAAAGAUCAUCUAAUGAUUAUCGACACUCAAUUACUUCUUUUGGACAGUUAG